AUGUCUUCUGGUUCAGGAAGCCUCCGUCGCCAGGCCUCAGCUGUUCCCGGCCCUAAACCGCCUUGUUCAAUUCACCCGUCCGCCAUAAUCUCCGACAAGGCUGUAAUUGUUGGCACUCAUCCUGUUUCGAUUGGUGAGAAUGUGGUGCUUCACCCCUUCGCUAAAAUCACAUCUAAUACGGGAGCUGUCCGUAUUGGAAAAAAUUGCGUUAUUGGAGAUCGUGCUACCGUGGGGUUGAGUGACAGUCCUGGAACUUUCGCUGGAACAACAGUCGAGCUUGAGGAAAGUGUCAGCGUCGACAGUGGGUCAACCGUGCAGGCCGAGAAGAUAGGAAGUGGUAGCACGAUAGAGGCCAAUUCAACAAUUGGACCCGGUGUGGUUGUAGGCAAGGUCUGUAACCAGUCUACUCUACAUUUGAUUGACGAUUGUGCUGACUUUGAUUUCANNAAGUUCUGCAAAAUAAGUGCAUCUUCUAGCAUUCAAGCAGAGCAACUACCUGAUUUCACCAUCGUCUACGGCGAAAACGCUAGGCGUAUAGACACCACUACAAAGACUCGAUCAGAUGUCAGAGACCUCAAACUCAAGGGCCAAACAAUGCAUACCGAAACGUUGAAGCGUUUGGUACCUAGCAACACUAUGAAGUGGCUGUCUUGA